AUGGCAAAUAUUUCACCUUCAACGAAAAAUCCUAUGGGAAAGGUUAGUAAAAAAAAUGUGUACCUAUUAUAUACCUAUUAUAGUUUUAUCUAUAUACUAUACAUUAUUUAACAUAGUUUUGUUCGUAUUUUUAUUCCAGCCUGUCUCAUCAGCUCAACGCAUGAUGAUCGUUAAUUCUUACAAGGUGAAAUUAAAGAAAAAUACGAAAUUAACAGUUCGAGAAGCUCAUAUUUUUAUAUCAAAACAACUUGGCACCGGACAUCAUCGAUGUACCGGCGACUACCGGCGACCAAUGACAGAGCGAAUAGACCCAGCCAGGGGGGUCCGUAUGUCACUUUGCAAUUCAUUUGGAUGCGCCAACACGGUGCGCUCUUAUUUGGUACAGACUAUAUGUGUGAAUCCCUGAUUGAAGUGACUCACAUUUUAUAUUUUUUUAAAUCAAAAGAAAUUACUCUAAAGAAAUUUCUUUUUAAAGAAAUUAAAUUGUUUUUUGAGUUAUAGAUAUCUCAAAAACCUAUUUUCUUUUUAAAGCUGUUCAGAUAUCUCAUCAUUGAGGCAUUUGUUCUAGUUCUUUUUCCCAUUAAUAUCCUCUAUACAUACAAUUUUUUUUAACAUAUCAGCCCACCUUUGCUAUAUUUCGGUAGUAGAGAGUUUGCUGACAAAUUAUUUUCAGGAUUAAUCCCAUAUUAGUAUUGUAAGUUAAUACUUGAAUAUUUAAAAGAAAUCUACUUUAUUCAUAUAUUGCCCAGUACUCCUUAAAUUAAUAGAUUUCGUAUCAUUAUCAUACAAUACUUAGAGUAUAUAAACAUUUCAAAAAUAUACAAAUGUCAAAAUGUUAAAGUUAAAAAUUAAUAAUUUAGUAGUUUAAUAAUUUACAAUAAUAAAAUUCCACUGUAAAGAUCUAUUGAUUAUUGAUUGAUAAUAUCAUUUUUCUUUAGCGCAUUGAAACUUCUCAGAAGGAAAUUGACGACUUCCCAAAAUAUUAUGUGUAUUAUGGAAAUCAAUUGCCCAAGGGAUCAUAUUGUCCAUACAUAUUCCAUUCAAUAUACAUGUUAUGGAUAGUGGGUAUGUAUAUUUUAGUAUUACCAAUUUAAAAUUGUUCAUUUACACAUAUUUGAUAGAUCUAAAUUAUUUAUAUACUUACAUGAUAUAACCUUAUUUGGGGUGGGUCAAACAAGUCAAAAUCUAUAUUUUGUUUUUUUAUUUAAAUAAUAUAUUCACUUGUUUUUCUACAAAACAAGAAAAAAUUUUUCUUGUAGUAUUUAAAAUUAAACUGGUAAACAUUUUGAGAAGAUAUCAAUAUUUUUUAUAGUGAUGAUUAGAAAUCGGAUUUAUAUGUACUUUAAAUUCAUAAAAAAGCCCUUUAAAUUAUUAUAAAACCCUUUAAAAAUUGCUUAAAAAGAUAUUAAUAAGAACAAUAAAUAUAAAGGGGUUUAAAACUUUCCCACUUAUUGUUUCUAACGUAUUAAAAAUAAUUUUUGAACAUUAAAAACCGAAUAGUUUUAGGUAAUUUUCUUCAAAUAUAUUUGUAAGUGUUAUAAAAUAAAAAAUGCUUGGUGUUCAUUAUUUGUGAAGGUUAGACAAUUGUAUUUAAUAGGAUUAGAACUCUUUGAGCGGUGACUUCAAAAUCCCUUUACCACUUUUGCUUUUUGACAAUUUAAGCGCUUUUUUAUGGAUUUCAAGUGUAUAUAAAUUUGGUCCCUAGUGAUAAUUAUUUUAAUUAUGGGGCAUUUAAAACAGCUAUAAUUAANAAAGAUGAACUAAAAAUAUUCAGUUAUGUUAUUUUACAGUUGUUACUAUGGAUAUAAAGAACAAAUUAAAAUAUUGACAAAUGUAUAACCUCCCCUCCAUGAACAUUGUUAAAUUGCAUUUAGUUGAUCAGAGAAUAAUAAUUAUUGUACAGUAGACCAGAUAUGUGAUGAUAUGUUUAGGCCAAUUUUGUUAUUUUAGCUUAGCCUGCAGGUUCACCAACCAAUUUAUUUUUAUUUAAAUUUACUUUAAGCUUUAAUGAUUUUAAAAAAUACAAUCUUUAUGCAGAUAAAAUAUACAAUGAGCUCCCCUAUCAGUUAGAAGAAAUUGACCAAAUAAAGAACUACUACUUGAUUUUAUAAAUGUAUUAAAGAAAAAUUAAAACACAACUCACCAAAUAAUGUUGUUAACUAUUAUAGUUUGAAAUAUCAAAAUAAUAUGUCUAACAAAUUUGCCAAAAUUCUGAAUAUUAUGAAAACAACAAAUAAUGUAAAAAUUGCUUUUAAGACUAAUAAUAAUUUUAUCAAAUAUAUAAAUAAUAGCAUUAGAACCUUCACAACAAAUCUGUAAUAAAUUUUUUUAUAGGUAAGACAAAUAGAAAUUUUAAAAUAAGAUUUAAAGAACACAUUUCUGAUAAAAAUUAAAAAUGCCUGCGCUUAAUUCAAAUUUCGCUAAAUAUGGUUUAGAAAAUAACCAUAGUAUAAGCUUUGAUAUUAAUAUAAACUUAUAGAUAUUAAGUAUCCAAAAUAACAUUUACAUUAAUUCAGUUUUUAAAUAUUAAAUUUAUACAAUAAAAUAAAGAAAAAUAAUUUUAAUAUUUUAAAUGUACAAACAGAUUUUAAAAAUAACAUCUUAUAUUAAUAUAUUUUAGAUAAUAAAUAAUAACCAAAUGAUUUAUAUUCCAAAACAUAUUUUUGACUAAAAAUAACUUAUUUAAAAUAAUCUCUCUUAUUAAAAUAAAUUAUUUCUACAUAUAAUGAUCAAUUUGUGUUUAAUUUUUUCCUUAUUAUUCCUUCAUUUAUUUUUUCAUAUUUAGUUUUUACAUUUUGACUGUGAUAUACUUGAUGAUGAAUUUUUAAUUUGAAACCGGUUGUAUAAUACAUUUAUCAUUAUACUUCAGGGUUAUUUAUUUAUUUUUUUAUCUGUGUGCAAGUUUUUUACCACAAGACUUGCUGGGAUUUCUAUGUGUAGCACCUUUUAUGAAAGGAAAUCGGUGUGGGAAGGUACCUUAGGAAGGUCGUUUUUCAAUUUUUUCCAGAGUUUUCUCAUCAAAUUUGAAAACUCAAAAAAAUAAGAGUAAUGUAGGUAUUAGUUAAAAUAUAUCAUGGCCUUCUUUUUUUCUGUGGAAACUUUUAAACCAGCAAUUUUGAUCCAACUUUUAAUGAUAGCAAUGUUUCUAAAAGGAAAUUUCACUAGGGAGGUACUUUAAAGAGGCAAUUUUCUCAAUAAUUUUCCCAGCAAAUGUGAAAACUGGGAUAAAACAUAUGAAAACCGUAAAAACAUUGAAAAACUGGGAAAAUCAGUGCAUCAUUAAACUAAUUUUAUGAAAUAUAAUAUAUAAAGCCUUUUUAAUUAUUUUACUAUAAAAUGAUGUAUACAUUGUUGACAAAUCAUCAGUACUCUACUCAGAAUCAUAAGCAAUGGUCUAUCGUUGCUUACAGAUAUACAUUAAAUUCCCAUCUAUAUCCUAUCUUCCCAACUUCUCACCAGUGACUGCACCUAUCCUCAUUACCUUUUUUUUUUUUAUUUUUAUAUUUACAUUUUGUAUUUAUAUAUUUAUUUAUCAAAAUUAAGAAUUUUAAUAGUUUUAUUCUUAUUUUAUUAUUUUAUUCAUUAUAAGUUCUAAUUGAUAACCAAAAAAAAAAGUUGAGGUUAUAGUAAUUUUUUUUUUUAAUAAGUGGUUUAUGAAUGAUGCAAUUUUGAUGAAAAUCAUACAAAUUACAGCGUUUUAAAAUAUAUAUAACUGAGAAAUACUCGGAAUUAUAUUUUGUUUACAAACAUUUGUCAUUGUGUACAGAUAUAAAUUAAAUUAUUGUAUUUAUUUUACAUUUUUACUUUUCUCAACUUUCCAUAUACAUUAGUGACACAUCCAUUUCCAGUUUCAGUUAUUUUUUUAAUUUUAUUUUUGUACAAUCAUUUUGGUUUUAAAACACAUUUUUGUUAAAAGCUAUAAUUAUAAUUAAUAGAAUGUUAUUUUGUGUUUUAGGUUUAUUGUACCAUGAUAUGAUGAAUAUUUUACCAACAUCCAAUAUCAGUAUAUUGCAAAAAAAACCUUUGGAGUAG